GGCGCGCGCGCGCCCCGCCAGCCUCUGGCGCGCCCCCGGCGGCCUGGGCCGCAGCGUGCUCGCCCCCGCCGCCAGCUCGCCUCACUUAUGGGUCGGAAACGCUGCGUGGGGGAGACUGUUCCAAGAUGGCGGCGGGUUGCUGUGGGGUGAAGAAGCAGAAACUGUCCAGUUCGCCCCCCUCUGGCUCGGGUGGCGGUGGUGGCGCCUCCUCCUCCUCCCACUGCAGCGGAGAGAGCCAGUGCCGAGCUGGGGAGCUGGGACUAGGAGGCGCCGGUACGCGGCUCAACGGGCUGGGAGGUCUAACCGGAGGAGGUAGCGGCAGCGGCUGUACCCUCUCUCCCCCCCAGGGCUGCGGCGGCGGCGGCGGGGGGAUCGCCCUGUCGCCACCUCCGAGCUGCGGAGUGGGGACCCUACUUUCUACCCCGGCCGCCGCCACCUCUUCCUCACCCUCCUCAUCGUCCGUCGCCUCGUCCUCAUCGCCGGGCUCCCGGAAGAUGGUGGUGUCAGCAGAGAUGUGCUGCUUUUGCUUCGAUGUGCUCUACUGUCACCUGUAUGGAUACCAGCAGCCCCGGACCCCCCGAUUCACCAACGAGCCCUACCCACUGUUUGUAACAUGGAAGAUUGGUCGAGACAAAAGAUUACGUGGAUGCAUAGGUACUUUUUCUGCCAUGAAUUUGCAUUCAGGACUCAGGGAGUACACACUUACCAGUGCCCUUAAAGAUAGCCGUUUUCCCCCAAUGACAAGGGAUGAGCUGCCACGGCUUUUCUGCUCAGUGUCUCUGCUCACUAACUUUGAAGAUGUCUGUGAUUAUUUGGACUGGGAGGUGGGUGUACAUGGCAUUAGAAUAGAAUUCAUCAAUGAAAAAGGAUCAAAACGCACCGCCACCUACCUACCGGAGGUUGCAAAGGAGCAAGGAUGGGACCAUAUACAGACCAUAGACUCCUUAUUGAGGAAAGGAGGAUACAAAGCUCCGAUUACUAAUGAAUUCAGGAAAACCAUAAAACUGACCAGGUAUCGUAGUGAAAAGAUGACCCUGAGCUAUGCUGAAUACCUUGCUCAUCGCCAGCAUCAUCAUUUCCAAAAUGGCAUUGGGCAUCCCCUUCCGCCAUACAACCAUUAUUCCUGACACUGAGCCGCACAACCAGUCACUGGGCCUCUCUGCAGACCUCUUCCCAGGAGACCCUACACCUUCUUGGUCUAGCUAUCUCUUUUACUGUACCAUUUUAUGAUGAUAGUUUCCGUUGCCAUGGUGAAGCUUCGACAUCGUCAAUUAAGAUCAUCAUGGCAACGGGUAGAAAAAUGGCAUUUGUUAAGAUCCUGUUUUAUUAUUUUGGAUCAUUGAUUUUUUUUUUGCAGCAUAUAUAAUUUUGGUUUUUUUUUCCUUAUAAUAUUAUGUAGAAUUUUGCUUUGCUGUCUCAGUCAGGUUUCUGUUUUUCUGUCCUCCUUGCCUUUCUUCCUGUUUUGCUUCCUGUUUUCCUUCUUCCUUCCGUUUUCCUUCUUCUUUCCCGUUUUCCUUCUUCCUUCCCGUUUUCCUUCUUCUUUCCCGUUUUCCUUCUUCCUUCCCUGCCUCCCUUCCUUUGACUGUGGAUGGAAGAAAGUGUGCAGUUUUUAGGGAUUUUACUUAGGUUUCUCUUUAGUUUUCCUCAGUAAGAUAGUUGUUUUUUGAUACCUGAGUUUGGGAUUAAUUCAUAUCAAAUUCAGGUAUUUGUAUAUUACUCUUGAUUUUUGUCUGAAAUUCACUUUGCUAUGACAGCCUAGUAGUUGGGUCUUCACUCCUUAAGUAUAUGUUUUUCCCAUGGUGAAAAUAUAUGAACUUUAGUUCUAGUAGUGAGCAUUCAAAGGUCCGUGAUAGGGCUUGUCACAGAGAGAGAGAAAUCAUUUAUCCCUAUUGUGCUGGUUAUCAUAGAAGAGACUGCCUCACCACUUUAUAGAACCAAUUUGCAAACUAAAACACUGUUUUGAGAAGGUACAAACUACCUUUCAAAAAGGCUACAGGAAAUAUUUUUAUGAGCAGCAAAUAUUAGGAAGAGAGCAGAUACAGAAUUUAGUGCCUUUGAGAAGAAUAUAAUUAAGUGGAAUUAAGAGGAGUUAGAAAAAAGGCAAUUUAGAAAAAUAUUCUUGUAAAAUUUUAUUGUUUCUAUAUGUGAAACAGAAGAUUAGACAAAUUCCUUACUCUUAAGUAUUUUUUUAAGCUGAAAAAAAUUAUUUUGAGCAAAUAACCAAAAAGAGACAUUUGUCUAUUUUAUAUUAAUUUAAAUUUGUUAGCUCUAGGUUUCAGUAAGUCAUGAUUGGCUAGAGUCCAUUUUAGCUACCAUCUAAAGAUAUGGUAAAGAUAAUUUAGUGAAACAAAAGUUCAUAUUUGCCAUGAUUUCAGAUAUGUUUGUCAUGGGGACAAUACUAGAGUUUUAGAGAUACUAUAAAAUAGCUUGAAUCUCUUUCUGCACUACAUACUUUUGAUAGAAACACAUUUACUACAGUGAUAAGAUGUUAUGUCACACCUGUGAAAAUGGAGUUGGCAUUGAGAUACGCUAUAAUUAGAGCCCAGCUCCUCUGCAAGGAUAGUCUUCCCAUGAUGCAUACAAAGAUAACUUACUGAUGUCGAUAGGAGGUCCAUACAUAUAUCCCCAGGAAAAAUGACAGAUUAUUCUGGAGGAAGAUGACCUUCAUUUUAUGGUUAUGUGUGUGUGUGUCUGUGUCUCUUUGGAAAAAUAUAUAUAAUUUUUUCAAAUAGGAAGCCAACAUAUCAAGUGAUGAAUUAAAGUAUGCUGCAGAAUAUAUAUUCUAAAACUACAAAAAAGUCACUGAAUAUCAAAAUGAUACAGCUUAUACAUAUAGUUACUGUGACAAGUGACAGACUGCUAGUUCAGAAUUCCAAAAUCCUUUCCUAGUUUGUGAGAUAAUGGGCUAAAUUCCUUCUGCUUGCCACUGGGGCAAAGCAAACUGCUUUAGUUUUUGAUGAGAGUUCUUAGAAGUUUGUUGGUAUUCCUUCAUCCACAGCAUCCAUUGUUGAAAUAACCAUUUUCAGUUGUGAUGCCUUAACUAAGAAGCCAAUUGUUAGCCUGAAAUGCAAUCUUGGUAGCCAGUUUCAAUGAAGCUAGAGAUUAGUCAGAAAAAGUUAGCUGUUGGGCUUUAGAAAGGGAUUUUGAGUCCUGUCAUUUCUACUUCGGAGCAUUUUGGAGCAGAUUAGUCUUUCAGUACAAAAACAAGUGGCUACCUGAUGGAAACUUUUCUUACCCUUAUAGGGAAACUGAGCACAAGCUGAAUGAUAUUGUCUGCUGCAAAAAAAGCAAAAACAAAACAAAACAAAAAAACAAAAGGUAAAUAGAACAAGUAAACUGAAGAGAGACAAAAUAGACCAAUAUUAUCGUGAAAUCCAUCUUAUCCAUCAUCUCAUCAGUUCAACAGGCUCCUCGUCCUGGGUGAGCUUAUGGUUAGAAGUUUUUUUAGCAAAGAUUUAUUACAUACAUAGAUGUGUGUGUGUACAUAUACUUACACAUACAUACAUACAUAUAUGUGUGUUUAUGUAUUUAACGGUGCUAAUCAAUCUUGAGCAGGUCACGUGACUGGUCAUGCGGACUCUAAAAUCAUAUCAGAUUUUUUAAAAUCCUUGAUAUAUGCAGAUGUUAUACAGAUUUUCUUAGCAGUGUAAUGUUAAACUGAAGAAAUAACCAUCCUGCAGGCUUCAAAGGACGAGGUCAGCAAUAUUUCCCAACAUGGCUUGGGGGAAAAGGAUAGUUUUGUCUCCUUUUGUAUUGAAGUAAUGCAAAGUGCAUUUUUGUCUCUAAGUAGCUUUUGACUAAAAGACUUUGUAGUGUAAAGGGUGUUAUACAAACUGUAAUGGUGUGCUUCAAACAAAUGCUAGACCCUUUCACCUUUGUCGUAUAUACAAAGCUGUUAAUUAUGUGGUAUGAAUUAACUUUGAACAUGUUGAAAUAUGUAGCAUGUCUUUAACUCAGACGAAGAUUCUAAUUGCACAGGUUGUGUUCUAGCCAGUUGUGAUUUAUUUGUUCAGAAACACAAAUGUGAAUUGCACUCUUAUCAGAAUAUUGUAUGAGUUCAGUGAUCUUUAAACAGCUCAGAAGUAAUACUUGAACUUCAUUUGAGUAGCACAAAGUUUACAUAGCCCCUUUUAAAUGUUAAUUCGUUCCAUUUAAGUUUUCCGUUUUCAGAUGCAACUGGGUAUUUUUCCUCUUGGAAAUAGUACGUACUUUGCUUUGGUAUGUAGCAAAAGGCUUCCAUUUCUGGAAGGGUUUUCUUGUUCUUAAACAAGGUCAGCCAGGUACCAGAUUCUAAAAGAACAAAUUGUCCCCCACCCCUCAAGUGGCCUUCUGACUGCACGAGAAUGUGCUACUACCCUCUGUAGUCUCCCCUAACACGAGAGGUCAGUGAAAUUCAUGGAGGAAGUGCAAGGCUUGCUUCCCCUCACCCUUAAAGCUUAAAGCAAUUGUAAGAUUUUCAGUCCAGCACAUACAGUCCCAGUGCCCAGCACACCGGAAGUUUGUAUACUGGCCUCUUACCUUGUCUUCAAAUGUGCAGGAAAUUUGAAACUGUCAUCUGGAAUAGGUUCCAUCUCUUAUGUGUGUUAGAUCAAACCAAAGAAGCCCCCAGCCAUGCCCAAAUGCUGCUUCAAAAGCCUGCCUUCCAGUCCUUACAAAAACCUUGCAGGAUUAAAUGUGUUAACUUUUUUAUUUUUGUACAGUUUCUAAGUGAUUUUUGCUAGUGAUGUUAAAAUGAAUUAAGUUUAUUUGAGGGGUGUGAGCACCUCCUCCAUUUAAAUAAACUGGUGACUUUCCUUUUAUUUUUUAAAAGUGGAAACCCGUUGUGUGCCUCUCGAUUUAAGGGUUUCUGAUGACAUUAUUCUUAAGACCAGCAUUGAUCCUUUAUAUACAAAGAUAUGUUUUCCUUGUUUUUUAUUGCUAUUUCAGAAGAAAAUGAACCUUUUAUUUUGCUCUACCCAGUAACUGCGCUGGUACAUAGACGCACUGAGCAAACAAACUUUUGUAACCACCUCUGACUACUUUUGUAUAUCAAAGUUGAUUACUUUUGAAAUAUUUGGAUCUAGUUUCUAAGUUAUUUUAGUGUUUUAUAUGUUCCCCAAAAUUACUUUGAAUCUGUCACCAGCAUAAUGAGUUCUUGGUGAUACAAUGGUGAGACUUGUAAUGAGCAAAAAGCUACCUGGAGUAGCUCCUCUUUUCCUUCUUUCUUAGUAACCUGUUUUUUGAUUACCGUAAGACAUCACAGAUUACCUGAAACCCCUUCCAGUAUAACUAGGCCCUCCUUCCUUCCACAUUUAAUUGCUUAAUAGUUUGAAGAAACUAUUGGAAAUGGGCAUUUUAUAUGACAUGUAUGGCUUUAAAAUAUUAAAUAUGAGCAAAAAGAAAAAAAUAUGAGAAGGUUUAUGUGGGUCUGUAAGGUAUGGCUGUGGAAAGAUAUUGUAGUAGUUUUGACACUAUUGUUAUUACCUUUAAAAUCAUUUACCCAAUAAAAUGUUAAAACCGA